GGGCGCUGUUGUGCCCUGAGCUUCAGGAACGCACUUCUUCGCAGCCUAGUGACAGCAAGAGAACAAGGAAAAAGAUUGCAUGGGUGCAGUGUAACAGCAGGAGGAUGUUGCAAUCUGUUUGUCACCUCUGACUUCUGCAUUGCGAGACUGACAGCAGGCUGACUGUAGGUCUGUGUGAGCAGGCGUCAUGUCUGCAGCCGGUCCCCCGCAGUCUCCUGGUGUGGCUAAGACUGAAGUGCUGGUCGAGGACUGGUGUCCCGUGCUGGCUGCAACCUUCGCUUACUGGGACAACAUCCUGGGACCACGUGUACAGCACAUCUGGGCCCCCAAAGGUCAGAGGUUGCCGCUGCUCAGUGAUGGAGAGGUCACGUUUCUGGCCAAUCACACGCUGAACGGCGAGAUUUUGCGAAGUGCGGAGAGUGGAGCAGUGGAUGUGAAGUUCUUCGUCUUGGCAGAAAAGGGAGUUAUCAUAGUCUCGCUGAUUUUUGACGGAGAACUCAAGGGGGAUAAGAACACUUGCGCGCUGUCAAUCAUCCUGCCGCAGUCAGAGCUAAGCUUUUACCUGCCACUGCACAGUGUGUGUGUGGAGAGACUCAAGCACAUCAUCCGCAAGGGACGCAUCUGCAUGCAGAAGGGUUACAACAUAAUCUUUGUGUUGUCAUCUGAGAUUGUUCCCAUAAUGGAGCUGCUAACCUCCAUGAAGAAACACAGUGUACCAGAGGAAGUGGAUCUAAAGGACACGGUGCUCAAUGAUGAUGAUAUUGGAGACAGCUGUCACGAAGACUUUUUACACAAGGCUAUCAGCUCUCAUCUUCAGACUUGUGGCUGUUCCAUGGUGGUCGGCAGCAAUCCUGAGAAAGUCAAUAAGAUCGUGCUCACGCUGUGCCUCUUCCUCACUCCUGCGGAGAGAAAGUGCUCUCGGCUGUGUCACCCCGACAGCUCAUUUAAAUAUGACACCGGCCUCUUUGUUCAAGGCCUCCUUAAGGACUCCACAGGCAGCUUUGUGUUGCCCUACAGGCAGGUGCUCUACUCCCCGUACCCCACCACCCACAUCGACGUGGACAUUAACACGGUCAAGCAGAUGCCCCCCUGCCACGAGCACACGUAUCAUCAGCGGCGCUACAUGCGUGCUGAGCUCAGCGCCCUCUGGAAGGCCGCCAGCGAGGAUGACAUCAGUUCUGACAACCUCAUCAAUGCCCAGGACUCCUACACUCCAGACUUGAAUAUAUUUCAAGACGUGAUGCACAAAGACACACUUGUGAAGUCUUUCAUAGAUGAGGUGUUUCUGUUGAAACCAGGACUGUCUCUGCGGAGUGUGUAUUUGUCCCACUUCCUUCUCCUGCUGCACAGAAAGGCCCUGACACUGCUCAGAUAUAUUGAGGAUGAGACGCAGAAGGGCAAAAAACCUUUCAGAUCUCUACGCAACUUGAAAACUGAUUUGGACUUAACAGUGGAGGGUGACUUGAAUAUCAUCAUGGCGAUGGCAGAGAAACUGCGGGCAGGUCUUCACUCCUUCGUUUUUGGGAAGUCUUUCCUUACCAGUGUGCAGGAGCGUGACCUCCUCAUUAACUUCUGACCUCUGAACCCUGGGCUCAUCACACCACAGGACACUCUUGCAUCCUGAUGUUUAUUUUAGUAUAUUUAUUAUGCACUUGUUGUUUACAGCUUUCUGAACAACACCUGCUGUUGAAAUGUCGACUGAUUCACACGUGCUUUAAAAUAAUGAUUACCUGCUUAUGAUGCUGAUGAAUUCAUAUUCGUGUGAAGAAGACUUUGUUCAUAUGAGAUUCUUUAAUGGGAAUAUGAGACACGUGUCCAAUCAAUGUUUGGAUCUUACACUUAAUGGGUUUUUGGCUAACUAAGAUAUACCUUCUUUCAUAGCACAAUCUAUUGAUGAUGUGUAACAUGGCAAGGAACAAAGAUGAAGUCAUUUUAAUCCCACUCUAAGUUUGUCUCUUAUUUAAAUUGGAACACCAUAAAGUAAUUUAAAAUAUGGUUUAAUUAAAGUAACCUUCACUCUGUAAUAACAUUCCCUGGCCUUUUAUCUAUGAUCGUCUGGAGACUUUAUAGAUGACAGAUGUGUUACUUUGCAGAAUCCUAUUUACUGGGAGGCUUUUCUUUGUUCCUUUACUUGAGUCUAACAAACUAAACUAACGGUUAAUUAAAUGGCUCAUACUUUUGCAUCUGGUUUGGGGCAUGAAUAUAGGAAAGCUGGUGGAAAUGUGGGAAAAGUGAAGUAAAACUUGACUCGUAAGAUCAAAUCUCUGGUGUACAAUGUGCAAGGAAGUCAGCAAAUAACAGGAAGGGCCCCAUAGACAUCUUGCUUUCAUUUUUAAGUGUUCUUCCAAAAUAUAUUACUCCACUGCUAUGUAUGCUAUAUAUAUUGAUAUAUAUAUCAAACAGGCAGUGCAUUAAUGAUAGAUUCCUAAUGUUUAUUCAAAACAUAAAUGGAGUUCUGAAUGUUUGGACUAUUUAUGGAAUCACAGUCGGAGGUUUAUUUUAAACUGUGACAUGUAUGUUGUUAUAUUUCAAGUUGUAAAUGUGUUUUCUUAAUAAAGUGUGCCUUUUGUUUGUGAAA